CGCUGCAAAUGAGCCGAUCAAAAUAUCUCCUCACUGACGCUCUCGUCAGCCGCGCUGUUUCAGACCAAAACCACACCCCCAGAACGUGGACUGUGUUGUGAUUGGCCAGCCAACGAGAGCUUUCCUACUGUCCUGUGAUUGGCCAGGUACCUGGAAGUGACGUAAUAGAUAGGCCAGCUCUCAGAUACACAGCUCCCCCUCUGGCACGGUGGAUGCUCUGCAUCUCAGCAGCUACAACGAGAGUAGUUCUUCUUCUCCUGCGGUUGAAUGUACACAACAGGAUGUGCCCGGACUAGUGCCCGCACCAGGAGGCACUACGGUGGUGAGAGGAGUGGUGAGGAUUUCUGAUGACGACAUCAAAUUAAGGAAGUGUCGAUCCGCUUCGCAGAGCCCAGGAAAACAAUACAACACUAUUUUCUCAGCAGUGGCUGAACUGUUUGUUCUGAAACUUUAGGGUUUCAUAAACGAGGUAAUGACGCAGAUACACACACAAACGCAGCGUUGAUUGGAGCUUCCGGUCUAUGUGGCCUUUAAAUGUUUGCCGAUAUUCUAUUUUAAAGCCGAUAAUGAGGUGAUGAAUGAUCAUGACCUCAGGAACACAAAUAUGAAACAUUACCUUUUACUUUACAUGAUGGGAGAAGAACAGUGUGUUAUCUUGUUGUGUUUAUUUGUUGGCAUUCAAAACAUAAAUGUAGGCUGUGUUUCAUAAAAACUUAAUCUGUAGAAUUAUGGGCUUCUCACAGUUUGAAAACGUCUGAAAUGGUUGGUGAUGAGUGGCGUGGUAAAGACGCACAGAUGUCCUGUGUUUGCUCAGUGAAACGGGAACAGAUGAUGUAACGCAGCCAUUUAAAAGUGAAAUGUUAAAAGUUAAAAGCAGUCGGUCCAUGUUUCUAAUCUGAUGUGUGGCAUUUAAUCCCUGCCCUAGUUUGAGAUUAUGUAACCUAACAUCACGACACUUUGUUAUUUAAUCUGUGGAUCAAGAGAAGAAAGUCGUCAACAGUUCUCAGAGUUGUUUUGUUUUAGAAGGAGAGGGGCGUGUCUGUCUGAGAACCCCGCCCAGUGAGAGUAAUGCAGUUUGACAGCACUGUUGUGUGUGUGAAAGUGGGCGUGUCUCUGGGAGAUGUGGUUGGAUCAGAGCAGUCGUAUGAAAAGGCAGACGCUCUGUCUGUCGUUGUUUGGACUCUCUGCGAGGUGAAGGUUCUGCUGAGGUUCUGCUGAGGUUCUGCUGCGCUGAGGAAACAAAAGGAGCAACUUUUUUCAUGCUUUGGAUUGAAUCCUAUCUCCAACCAGGUCUUGGUCACUCCAGAUCUUCUCUAAUCGACCGUAACUCGAGCACAUCUGGAGAGAUGAUCAUCAGACUGGGCCGACUCACACCUGGAUACUUCCGUCUCCUCCAGAGACAAGUGGCCGGUGAGGUGCAGCUGCAGCCUCAGGACCGCGCCGUGAACCAGAUCGCCAUGAUGCUGGCCAUCAUGGGCCUGAGUCUGUCUUACUACAGCGCCAAGCAGAUGAUGGAGAAGGUGCAGAGACAGCAGCGUGAGACACUCACAGCAGCGUGAGACACUCACAGCAGCGUGAGACACUCACAGCAGCGUGAGACACUGGUCUCACUGGUUUCUCCUCACAGUCCAGACUCACGGUCAACACUGUUCUGAGCUGCACCAGAAAACUCUUUCUGGCCAGAAUGUGAUUGCAGCUCAUGAGCGGUGAUGAGCUUUAAACGUUCUGUCUGUCUGUCUGUCUGUCUGUCUGUCCGUCCUUCAGUGAAUAUUUGCACAAACACAGAUGAACUCACAAUUAUGACCUACUUUUUACUUUUUCUUUCUUUUUUCAUCCACAGUUUCAAACUGUAUUAAAUGAAUCGAUCAAGUCUUGUUAACGUGUGUGGGAUGACCUUUAUGACCCCCCCCCCCCCCGCAGUGUGGAAACUACAUGCUACUGAACACUGCAUGAGUGUGCGAGACUUUUUAAGUGUGUCCUGUUUUGACUGAUGAAUGAAUGAAUGAAUGAAUAAAGCUGUGAAUCACA